UCUACUCCCUUUCCCUUCCCCUUUCCCCUUCCCCUUUCCCCUUCCUUCCCCUUCCCCUUCCCCCCUUCUCCACCCUCUUCCUACGAAUCUUUUAAUUUUUCUCAUUUCUACCCAUACAUCAUCAAAAUUAUCAAACUGUAAUCAGAUUUCUCUCCUCUCUCUCUCUCUCUUUCUCUCUCUCUCUCUCAGAUAGCAAAUCUUCAAGCUCUCAUCUUUGUUUCUCGCUGUAUUCCAUCUUUCCAUCCUUCUCUAUUAUCAAAUACAGAAAAUAAAUAGAUACGGUUAUACACAGAGAUAUAUUUAAAUAUAUCUACCCAAUAUAGAGGCGGAGAGAGAGUUGAGGUUGGAGAGUGAGAAGAUGAACGGUGGAGCAGUUAGGGGUUCAAUCCCGGCAAGUGUCAGGAAGACGAUCCAGAACAUACGGGAGAUCACCAGGAAUCACAGUGAAGAGGAGAUUUAUGCAAUGCUCAAAGAAUGUUCAAUGGAUCCCAAUGAAACCGCUCAGAGGCUACUCCUUCAGGAUCCAUUUUAUGAGGUUAAAAGGAAACGUGACAGGAGAAAAGAGAAUCUGAACAGAGAGUCUGCAGAACCUCGGUGGAGAACUGGUACACAGGGACGUGGAAAUAGGGGUGGUCGGAUGAAUUUAUCUUCUCGAUACACAUCGAAUGAUGCUAGUGCAUCAUCAGAUCCUGUGUUGGUGCCAUCAAAUGAUACCCGGCUCCCAGGUGCAGUGGGUACUAUUAAAUGGGAGGUGGGGGGCCAUCGAACUUCUAUUGAAUCACAUGCUGUUACCGUUACUGAAAACAAAUUUCCUGCAAAAUCCCAGGGAGUUGGGAAAAGCCAACUGACUGAGCCUUCUCAACCUUUGUUGGCUACAGCCCAUGGCAGUACUUCAGGCAGCAGGCCUUCGUCCAACUAUAGUAGCCGUUCACAGCAAAUAAUUGGACCUCAAAAAGUGGGUGCUAACAAGGAGUGGAAACCGAAGCCAACAAACCCUAAUACUGGUCAGGUUUCUGGAACAUCUUCUGCAUCUGAGAUUCAUGCUACAUCAGUUGACAAUAGUGGCCAAUCACGGCCUGCAAAUGUUCUUGAUUUAGAAGAAGCAACAAUGAAGUUGCAGAAGAAGCUCGAGGACUUGCAUCUUCCACAAUGUCAGCAUGUUAUAAUACCGACCCACAUUCAUGUCCCUGAAUCUGAGAGAACAAAGUUAAGUUUUGGAAGUUUCGAUGCUAAUUUUGGGGUAACAUCAAGCUAUAUGAGUGCUCCUGAGAGUGAAAAGAGCUCUACACCUCUAUCUGAACAUUCGCUGGGCAUUGAUGAAACUGUUGAAAACCAGUCAGUGAGCAAUCAAAGUGCUUUGGCAACUGCUGAGGAAGGAGAGUAUCCUGAUCAUCCUCCAUCACCUUCUCAAGCACCUGAAAAUUUGUCUGCUGAGGCUGAUGUCUCUACUAGUGCUGUCCUGGAUUACAGUGAAUCCAAGCAAGAGACUGCUCUGCAGACUGGUGGCCACCAGUAUUCAGCCGUGCACACCUCCCCAAAUUACAGUUUUGGUUUUGUGCCUCCAGUGCUAGGAAGCCAACUUGCACCAUUUGAGAACUCUGACUCUCAAGGACGUGAUGUCUCUCGCAUCCCGAGCUUUGUGGUCCAACAAUCAUUUGAUCCGACAAGUUAUUAUGCCCAAUUUUAUCGUUCAAGCGCUGAUAGUGAUGGUCGUGUUUCUCCUUUCCCUUCAGCUGGGGUUGCCACCAAAUACAGUGGGAAUGUUGCAGUAUUGCCUCAACAGACUUCUCAGUCUCCUCAAGAGGGUGCAAACUCUCUAGUUUUAUCAACGGCAGGUCCAACUCCACUGGUGACUCAGGCUGCGGGUCUCAUGCAAAGCUCUAUUGCUGUUACUCAGCAACCUGUCCCUGUCUUUCGUCCACCAGCUGGGAUGCAUAUAUCUCAUUACCCUCCAAACUACAUUCCAUAUAGUCCCUAUUUCUCCCCAUUCUUUGUUCCACCGGCAAUCCACCAAUUCUUAAAUAACUCUGGAUUUCCUCAGCAACCUCAAGCAAGCAGUGUGUAUCCAGCUCCACCAGCUGCAGCAGCACCUGGAGUAAAAUAUUCACUACCACAAUAUAAACCAGGGACAAAUACAGGAAACUCAACCCAUAUUGGAAUGCCAAGUGGCUAUGGACCAUAUGGCUCUUCUCCAGCUGGUUAUAAUCCCAGUUCUGCCACAACAGCAGGUAACUCAACUGCUAAUGAGGAUCUUGGUGCAUCACAGUUCAAGGAAAAUAAUGUCUACAUUACUGGGCAACAGAGUGAAGGCUCUACCGUAUGGAUUGCCGCUCCUGGUCGAGACUUGUCUAGCUUGCCUGCCAAUUCGUUCUACAACCUUCCUCCUCAGGGUCAGCAUGUGACUUUUGCUCCAACGCAACCUGGUCAUGGCACAUUUGCUGGUAUCUAUCAUCCUGCACAAGCAGUAACAGCAGCAGCUGUCCAUCCUCUCUUACAACAGUCUCAAGCUAUGGCUGGGGCGGUGGAUAUGGUGGGGCCUGGAGCUAGUGUUUAUCAGCAGCCUCAGCAUACACAGAUCAACUGGCCGAAUAACUACUAAAUGGGAUAAACUUUUGCUUUCUUUUUUUAUAACCGAAGAAUCAAGACGUUCAAAAUCCAACCUUGGGAUAUUUUUGGGAAUUCCAACAAGCUUGGAUGGUAGGAAGAAAGAUACAACAUUGGCCAAAUUUGAGAGUAUGAAUCGAUAAAGAGACUGGAAAGAUUGGCUAAUAGUUUCUUCUGAUUGCUUGGGUUGAGGGCAUAAAGAGUGCAGUUCGGCUGUAACUGAUGUUGACCAUUUUGAGUUAGUCGAUAUAGGCAUGUGCAGCUCUUUCUCUUCUUUGCUGUUGCUAUAUGGUGUUUACCAAUUUUCCUUUUUCAUAGUUCAAGUUUUCUCUCUCCCUCCUACUCCCUCUUUAAUUUUGAAGUUUUUGAACUUGUUUAGAGUUUACUAAUGAGUGGUGAGAAUCUUUUCCAUUCUUUCCUCCCCUUUGAUUUGAGGUGUUCUAGGGAUCUGGAAGGUAAGAUAUAGGUUGGUGGAGAAUUUUCCAUUUGUUUCUUUCUUGUCCUUUUGCCAUCUUACCUGUAAAGUGAAUUCAAUAGCAAGCAAAGGAUGUACUAAAUUGUUGUAAUUGGUGUAAGAAACAACGAACAUUGCAAUUGUUUCAGUUUAAUGAUUCAAAUCGUAAAUUCUUGUUGAUAGGUUAUGGGAUUGUGAGAAAUGGGUAUGUAUACCUGAGGGCUAUUGUUCUGGCGUGUAGAACUGACUUCCACUAUCCAUUUAUUUCCAUCACUGUGAAUCUCUUUUGUGCA